UCCCACGUUCCCCUCUCUCUCUCUCUCUCUUCAUGUACUCUCCCUCCCUCCCUCUCUCUCUCUCCCUCCCAACUUCUCCCCGCAAGCUCCAGUUCCCGCCUCUCUCCCUCAGCCCAACCAUCUCGAUCGCCGCCGCCGCCGCCGCCGCCGCCGGCCGUCUUCUCCGGUAAUCAGUCCAUGGCAUUAUGCGGCACCAAUAUGUCUCGGGGUGUGGAAAGCAUAGAAGCAACACGUUUGAGAGGAAACCUGUCGACUUUUCUUGUAAAACCUUCGUCUGCAUAUUUUGGUGGACCUUCAUUGUAUAUGCCGCCCAGGCGAUGUCGGAAAAUGUGCUUCUCUUUAUCGAGAAGAUCUUCAACCCCCGUGGAAUCAAAGGGUGUUGCUGAGAGUUCUCGUUCGGUUUCCGUGGAUGAAGAAUUGGAUCAUGUUAUAAGAUUUCAGAUGUCUGACUUUAAGGUUCUUGAUUCUGUCAGCAUUGGCCUUGGCGGACGGGCAGAUGAGGUGGUCUUUGAAGCCAUAGCAACGGAUCCCAAGAGCCCUCUGUAUAAUACAAGAGUUGUUCUUCGACGACUCAUCUCUUCUCAAGCUAAACGUCGUGGGAAACGAGCUAUUGAGGUACUGAAGAAGUUGGUUCGUCAUAAAAUCAUGUACUAUUCUUAUUCAAUGCAAGUUUAUGGUUACAUCUCAUCUCGGAGCAGUCGUGGCUUACUCACGCUGGUCCAUGGGUAUCAUGGCAGUUUUUCGCUGAGACAUUGGCUUCAACAAGUUGACUGGCUCCCAACACUAGAGGCCACUCUUGCAUUGGAUGAGGAGUCUGUUAGAAGGGUAGGAGAUGAUACAAUCGGAGGACCAGCAGUCACCCGGAAAAUGAGGCUUAUUCGCAUAUUAAUGAGGGAUCUUUUGAUUGGCGUGAAUUACUUGCAUAGUCAUGGCCUAGCUCAUACAGAGUUGCGACUUGAGAAUGUGCACAUUAGCCCGGUGGAUAGACAUAUCAAAGUUGGCAUACUGGGAAAUGCGGCGGACUUUUAUGAGGAGGGGUCAAUUAUAUCAACAGUGGAUAGCAGCCUCGAUAGACGACAGAUGAUGAUUGCAUUUGACAUGAGGUGUGUUGGGUUCAUGAUGGCAAAAAUGGUGUCACGGGAACUCAUGGAUCCAUUAAUCUUUGCAAAAUUCAAAUCAUUCUUUGCAAAGGGGAAUGACCCCUCAUGUCUGCGUGAAUUUUUGCUGCAAGUCCUAGACAGGAACUCGUCAUCUGGUAAUUGCGGACUUCAAAUACUUGAUCGGAAUUGGGGUGCCGGUUGGAAUCUCUUGUCUCUACUGCUUGCAACCAAACCAUCCAGAAGAAUCAGUUGUCUGGAGGCCCUGAGACACCCGUUUCUGUGUGGACCAAGAUGGCGAGUGAUGCCAUCAAUGAAUAUAAUCAGAUGGGGUCUUGGUUCGACUGCUGUAAGAAUUACAGAGGAAUAUAUCUAUGUUCAGCGUCAGCGCGGUAGGCUGGCCCACUUUAUUGAAUUAAUGGAGAUGCUGAAUCCUCAUACAAAGCCAAAGAAUUGGCUGGAAUUGAUGCCGGGAAAAUGGCGUCUCUUGUAUUACACUGGAAGGCAUAUAGGACUGACUCUCCGCCAACCUCCUAUCCGGGCGCUUAUAGGAAAUGCGCACCUUGUUGUCUCAAGACCAUCUGAGUCGAGCACUAAUCUUUCGAUGACAUCUGAGAUUAGCUUUUCCGCCUUGAUUGGCCCGGAUUGGCCCCACAACAAGGGCGGUGUAGCUGGACAGUUGCAAGUGAACUCUGUUUUCAAUUUAAAAGCCGGUAGACAGCUCUAUCUGAAGGAGGAAAAUAGCAAGGGCUAUUUUUCGCUCAGUCAGUCGAUCGACCGAGAUGCUUUGUUCCAGAAACUUGCCAGUGGAAGGUGGGGAAAAGCUAUUCCUUAUAAGGAGUUCCCUUCGAGCCUUCCUGUGGCCACGUUCGUGUCCGAUGACAUCGAGCUCUUGCUCAACCUCGGUCGGCCAUUGAAUCAGGAGGUUGAUAGUGCCAAGAAAGUACUCCAAGAAGUCAGAACCCAAAUCCCUCCCGAAAUGUUUGACUUGUCGAGACUCGUGUGUGGUACGUAUGUCGACUCCAGGCUUCUAGUGCUUCGGAGUGUCAAUGGGUCGGCCUUGUUGUUCACGAGAUCUUGUGGGGAUGAAAAUCCAAGGUGAUGAGGGUUUCUUCCUUCCGGCCACGGUCUGUAACAGUUCAGUACAUAGAAUGGUACAGCAUUCUUCUGGUUC